AUGACACGUGAAUUCGAGAUGACAGAUUUAGGUCUGAUGAGAUUCUUUCUUGGUCUGGAGGUUCGACAAGAAGAAACGGGAAUUUUCAUUUCACAGGAGAAAUAUGCAAAAGAAAUCUUGAAAAAAUAUAAGAUGGAAAACUGUAAUCCAAUUUCGACGCCAAUGGAACCAGGUGCAAAGUUGUCGAAAUUUGAUGGAGGAGAACGCAUUGAAGCAAGCAAAUAUCGAAGUUUGGUAGGAAGUCUUCGAUAUCUCACAUGUACAAGGCCAGAUCUUUCGCUUAGUGUCGGAAUUGUAAGUCGUGUCAUGGAGGAACCAGUCUAUACACAUUGGAAGGCAUUGAAAAGAAUCCUUCGAUACAUCCAAGGAACUGUGUCACUUGGAAUGUUUUAUUCAAGAGAAGAAGAUUACAAGUUGAUUGGUUAUUCCGACAGCGAUUGGUGCGGAGAUGUAGACGAUCAAAAAAGCACCUCAUGA